AUGGGGAUUACUACGAUGAUUGUGAGAAUAACAACUCCAGAUGACAAUGAAGAAUAUCGCAAACAAUUUAUGGAAGUUGUGCUUGAUGAAUACUAUGAGAAGCCAUUAACAAAAGAGAUACUUCAGGCCUUGAAAAUGUCUUCAAGUGCUUCAUCUUCAAAGGGUAAGAGAAAAUUGAAUGCGGUGAAAAAACUAAGUGUACUUAUUGUGGCAAAUGAUGAUAUAUCUCAAAAUUCAUAUAUAUUAUGUCUUCAAAAGUUUGGAGUGGAGACAUUAGGAGUAAAAAAUGGAUUUAUGGCAUUCAAUAUUCAUGAUAAAACACAAAUGCGUUUUGAUUUAAUCCUGAUGGGCUCAACUAUGCCUAUUAUGGAUGGUAUCGAGGCAACGAAAAAGCUUCGAUCGAUGGGGAUUACUACGAUGAUUGUGGGAAUAACAACUCCAGAUGAUAAUGAAGAAUAUCGCAAAAAAAUUAUGGAAGUUGGGCUUGAUGAAUGCUAUGAGAAGCCAUUAACAAAGGAUAUACUUCAGAGUCUUGUUGAGAAAAUUUCUAACAAAGUUUAA